GUGAAGAAACCCGGGGGAGAGACGUAGAGACAGAGAGCUCGUCCGUGAAUCAUGACUUCUCUGGAGCUCCUGCUGUUAUUGAACACAGCAGUAUUAUCAGGGAUGUGCUGGCAGUAUGAGCUGUUACUGAGCAAUAAUGGGCCCAUCACCACUGGUGCCCGUGGAACAGUGGAGGCCAGGUUGGUACCUAAGCCUGGGAGCCGGCAGGAGCAACUGGAACCGCAGCCUUACACCUUCCAUUGGAACGUGGAGAGUCCCCUGGCCAUCGUACGGAGCUCGGAGCAGGAAUUCAACUCCUCCAUCACCGUCCGCAGCCUGGCCCCGAAACUGUACGCUCUCCGUGCUUGGGUAACCCGAACGGACUGUUCGUGGUGCCCCCCACUCGCUCACGGCUCUAUCAAACUCCUGGUGACAGACUCUGUGGUGGGAACUCUAUCAUUGAAGCAGCCAAACGGCAGCAUCACUUUCUCAAGAAAGGAAUACGAACUAGCCACCAACAUCCCAACACAGAUCUCAUUCAUCCUCUAUGAUCCAAGUGAUUACUUUGACACUGCUUCGUUCCGUUACUUCUGGUACUUUGGUGACGGAGAGCGAAUGGUCACAAAUAAAUCUUACGCACUUCACAUCUAUCCAACACCAGGGACUUACCAGCUGCAUCUUGAUGUCCUUGCCUAUCUCAAUCACUCACAACAAAGGACUGGCGUUUAUGGUGCUUCGCUGAGCCUUCUAGAUACAAUCAAAAAAAUUGAAGUCAUGAGUGUAGAUGACAUCCAUGCAGACCACAAAAAGAACUUUUACAUAUAUGUUAAUGGCAGUCCUCCACUCGAUGUCUGUUGGCUUGUUUCUCGGAGCUGCAUCGCAGUCAUUGAUCACUCGUGUGAUCUAAUAGAGCUGCCCAGUUCAACUGUCUCCAAUGUGAGCUACACCUUUAGGGACCUGGGUCCAUACACCUUCAACGUGAGAGCUAAGAACAGUGUGAGCACCCUGCAGGCAUGCUACAAAAUAACGACCUGGAAAAACGGAAUCCAUCCAGUGUGGUUCAUUGUGCCAUGUGUAACUCUGUUCACCAUCAUUCUCCUCUUUGUCCUGUCCAUCGCCAUGAGAAAGGGCAGUGCUCGGAAAGAUUCCAUUGAGGUAGCAGAUUUUGACUUCUCUCCAAUGUCAGACAAGUCUGUGACGGAAGCUUGGGCUCCAUCUCGAGGGACCGUUCACCUCUGCUGUAUCCCCUGUGGCCGUCAGAAGCAUGAGUCACACAGCCUCAGUCGCAGAGAAGCACAUUCGCUCCUAAAAUUCAGUCACACCCAGAUCCAGGCUUACAGCCAAAGGCCUGAAAUAUGUUCCUCCAGUCCGUUAUGAAGUCAUUUUGCUUUACUUUGCUGAACAAUCUCAGUCAAGUGCCAGACAUGGAUUAAACUAAUGAUAGAUGUGUGCCUUCCACUUCAGCCCUGUGGGAGAAACCGCCUUUCAGAUGAGACUUUGACCUGAAGCUCUGUUUACCCUAUCAGGUGCUGGGGCACUAUUUUGCUGAACGGCAGUGGAGUACUCUGUGGUGUCCUGGAUAAUAUUUAUCUCUUGGCCAGUACUGAAUAAAAAA